AUGUUCGGAAGACAUGGCCAUUUACCUGCAGUCCUCGCCCUUAAUGUCACUGUGCCGGACUCUGAACCACUCCUCCCCAAAUCCAAGUGGGUCAAAGAGCAUAAGCGGCACUUGGAGGAUGCCAGAAAGAUUGUGAACUCCAAAGUGGAAAAGGCCCAACAAAGAAAAAAACAGGACUUUGAUCUCCAUGUGGAUGCUGAGCCCUAUGGCCAGGAGACCCGAUCUGGCUCAGAAACAAUCAUCCACUCAGGAUCGUGGGAGCGAGAGCCAUAUACAGUGGUGGGCAUAUCCUCGUUGGAGGGCUGCAAGAUCCAGAUAGUAGUAGAGCAAUGUAGUGGAAUGGAGAAUAUUAGGAAUCAUACUCAUGCACUGGCCAGUUACACUUACUCUGUGCUUUCUGGUCUGCGUUAUACUAAUGGACAACCUGUAGUAAGUAUCUACACUGGCUCAGAAGUUAGGACUAUCGAUGUGCAAGGUCCAAUCAUUAAUUUUAAUGUGAUGGAUGAAAAUGGAGGCACAAUCGGCUUCUCUCAGGUUGACAAACUAGCUAGUCUGUAUAAUAUUCACUUGCGUACUGGCUGUUUCUGCAACACUGGGGCCUGCCAAAAGCAUUUGGGAAUAAGCAACGCUGAAGUAAUAAGCAACUUACAGGCUGGGCACGUAUGUGGAGAUAACAUGGAUCUAAUUGAUGGGCGACCUACUGGCUCUGUGAGAAUAUCAUUUGGAUUUAUGUCUACAUUUGAGGAUGCCAAAGCAUUUUUAACCUUUAUUGUAGAAACUUUCAUAAAAAAGUCAUCACAAAGAACUGUACAAAAAAUGGACUAUGAAACGUUUCCGAUAAUCAGUCUGCCACAGUCAGAAAGCAGUGAAGAGAAAGGUAUUAAUUCCAGUGGAAAAAUCACAGGCAGCACAAGGGUCACCCAAAGCCAAAUAUUGUCCAAUCUAUCUACACUAGAACGUGCUUGCAAAUGCAAAGUUAGAAAAACCAUGACAACAAAUAAGGCAAUCACGCUCAGUCACAUCUACAUUUAUCCAAUCAAGUCAUGUGCAGCAUUUCAGGUCUCCCAGUGGCCAGUGGCAGAGCAGGGACUUCUAUUUGAUCGGAACUGGAUGAUUGUGAAUGAAAAUGGAGUUUGCUUGAGUCAAAAGCAAGAGCCUAGACUGUGUCUUAUCCAUCCAUCAAUUUAUACAAUGAAAAAUAUUAUGAAAAUUCAGGCAAAAGGUAUGCCCUCAAUUGAAAUUCCACUAAAUGAUAACUUGACAAUUCAAAUAAGUCAAAACAAAGUUUGUGGAGAUAGGGUUAAUACAUACGACUGUGGAGAGGAAGUUGCACAUUGGUUGUUUUGUUUCCUGGCUCGCAAGUAUCGUUUGAUAAGGCAGUCCUCAAGUUUUCAUCGAUAUGUAGGUGCAAAGAGUAAAGGACCUGUGGAUGCAAGUUCACCUUCACUUUCUUUAGUGAAUGAAGCCCAGUACCUUCUGAUAAACACAGCAAGCAUUUUUCACCUAAGUCAACAAAUACCAUUCAGAGAGUACACAGACCCUGCAGAUAGAUUUCAAUCUGAUCAAAUGACUCAACGCUUCCGAGCCAAUUUAGUUGUUGACAGCAAAAUACCUUUUCAAGAGGAGGAGUGGAAUGAGCUUUUCAUUGAUUGUUUACACUUCAAGGUUUCAGGAAAAUGUACCAGAUGCCAAAUUAUCUGUAUUAAUCAGACAACUGGUGAAAAGAAGAGAGAGAUAUUUCAAACACUGGCAUCCAGCAGAGAAGGAAAGACUACUUUUGGAAUGUACCUUCAGAAUUCAACAUGUUCUUCAUACCCAUCUUUGCUCACAGUAGGCUCAGAAGUAUAUUUUACACCAAGGGAUCCUAUUGAAGAUUGCUCUGAGAACUAAAGAAAUAUUGAGGCAACAGUGGCAUGUAACCAAAGUUGCAAAAGGAUACAGAUGUGUUUAAGAUAUUUUGACUGAAUAAAGAACAUUUGGAUUUCA